AUGGCGUCAUCCGCCGCGGCGCCGAGCGGCGUGCCACCGGCGGGGAAGCGCCCGGCCUCCAGCGGACGGGAGGGAGACCAGAUGGUCAUCACGCCGCUCGGCGCCGGCAGCGAGGUCGGCCGCUCCUGCGUCCACAUGACCUUCAAAGGCCGCACCGUCCUCUUCGACUGCGGUAUCCACCCGGCGUACUCCGGCAUGGCGGCGCUGCCCUACUUCGACGAGAUCGAUCCGUCCACCAUAGACGUCCUUCUCAUCACACACUUUCACCUGGACCAUGCUGCCUCACUGCCAUACUUCUUGGAGAAGACUACAUUCAAGGGCCGGGUGUUUAUGACCCAUGCCACAAAGGCUAUUUACAAGCUGCUGCUUUCGGAUUAUGUCAAAGUCAGCAAAGUGUCCGUGGAGGAUAUGCUGUAUGAUGAGAGUGACAUUGCUCGGUCCAUGGAGAAGAUUGAGGUUAUAGAUUUCCACCAGACAUUGGAAGUUAACGGGAUACGCUUCUGGUGCUACACUGCUGGCCAUGUACUUGGUGCCGCCAUGUUCAUGGUGGAUAUUGCUGGUGUGCGCAUUCUUUACACCGGUGACUACUCCCGUGAAGAAGACCGCCACCUACGAGCUGCUGAGCUCCCACAGUUCUCCCCAGACAUUUGCAUUAUUGAGUCAACUUAUGGUGUACAGCAACAUCAACCCCGGAUUGUACGUGAGAAGCGCUUUACUGAGGUCAUUCACAAUACUGUUUCACAGGGGGGUCGUGUUCUUAUCCCGGCAUUUGCACUUGGCAGAGCACAAGAACUGUUACUUAUCCUCGAUGAGUAUUGGUCCAAACACCCAGAGCUCCAUAAGAUUCCUAUCUAUUACGCUUCCCCUCUUGCCAAGAGGUGCAUGGCUGUCUACCAGACAUACAUAAACUCCAUGAAUGAAAGGAUACGGAACCAGUUUGCACAAUCCAAUCCCUUCCAUUUCAAGCACAUCGAGUCCUUGAAUAGCAUUGAUAAUUUUCACGACGUCGGCCCUUCAGUGGUGAUGGCUAGUCCUAGUGGUCUUCAGAGUGGUCUCUCUAGGCAGCUUUUCGAUAAGUGGUGCACAGAUAAGAAGAAUGUGUGUGUUAUUCCAGGUUAUGUUGUGGAGGGGACCCUUGCAAAGACCAUUAUCAAUGAGCCAAAAGAAGUGAUGCUAGCUAAUGGGUUCACUGCUCCUCUUCAUAUGCAGGUCCACUACAUCUCUUUUUCAGCUCAUGCUGAUUUCCCUCAGACAAGCAACUUUCUGGAUGAGCUUCGACCACCCAAUAUUAUUCUUGUACAUGGUGAAGCAAAUGAAAUGUCAAGGCUUAAACAGAAACUUAUUGCUCAGUUUGAUGGUACAAAUACGAAAAUUGUGUCUCCCAAGAAUUGUCAAUCAGUGGAGAUGUAUUUCACUUGUGAGAAAAUGGCCAAGACUAUUGGCAGGCUGGCAGAAAAAGUACCAGAAGUUGGAGAGUUUUCUGGGGGCUUACUUGUGAAGAAGGGAUUCACAUAUCAGAUUAUGGCUCCUGAAGAUCUCCGCGUGUUCACACAGUUAUCUACAGCUAACAUCACUCAGCGCAUCGCAGUCCCUUACUCUGGUUCUUUUGAAGUCAUAAGGUACAGACUGAAGCAAAUAUACGAGAGCGUGGAGUCAGCAACAGAAGAAUCUGAUGUUCCAGCAUUGAUCGUGCAUGAAAGAGUGACAGUUCGCCUGGAUUCAGAAAGUUAUGUUACACUGCAGUGGUCAUCCGAUCCCAUCAGUGACAUGGUGUCUGAUUCUGUGGUGGCUAUGAUCUUGAACAUCGGUCGGGAAGGUCCCAAAGUUGUUCCGGUUGAAGAAGCAGCGAAGACCAAAGAAGAGACAGAAAAGGUUGCUCAAAAGGUGGUGUAUGCUCUUAUGGUAUCACUUUUCGGUGAUGUUAAAGUUGCAGAGGAUGGGAAAUUUGUCAUAUCUGUAGACGGAAAUGUGGCAUACUUGGAUGGGAGGAGUGGUGAUGUUGAAUGUGAAAAUGCUACACUGAAGGAGCGGAUCAAGACGGCAUUCUGUCGCAUAGAGGGUGCGGUGAGACCAAUCCCACUUUCAGCCUCUUGA